AUAAUAAUGAUGUUUUUGAUGCAUUUCAUAAUCGAUAAACAAUCUACAAAACAGUUACCUAUCGAAUUAUUUGCAUAAUUAGGUUUCAACUCAACCGUAUUCGUUUAUUAUCAGUAGUUCUUUAAUAAUUUUUGCAUGACCGUAUUUUUCCUAUUGCAUAUUCGUAAUGAAGGUAAAAUACACUUUCUAACGAAGUGUUGAUGAUGUUUCCAUUAAAAAAAACAAACAAAAUGGCGGCCGUGUCAAAAAACCAUACGGGACAAAAAUUUUCUUUUUAUGCUAGAAUAUGCACAAACAUAUUUAUAUUAGAAUUGCAAAUAUGCGUAAUCAUCUAAUCAAUAGGGCAACAUAUUCAAACAUUGAGGUGAAAGUUUGCAAGUUGACAGUCGAGUCGAAUACGACUGCGCCAUCUUUGAGAUGUGUAGGAAUUUGGAGCGGAAUAAGAAAAUUAAAAACGAAAUCGUUUAACUCCGACUAUUGGAGCAUUAUAAGUAUUUUGGAAAAGUUCUUAAAUGUGUUUACUUUGAUCUCUUUUAAAUGCAACACAAUCGCGUGCGCCUACGUUACAGUGCAUCCCCCGACAAGACUUUAUUGAUGGUGGAGUCAAAACUACAAACGUGAAUUGCGGAUGCACGGGAAGUGAGUACCGACAAAGUGAAUGUGGUAGCCUUCGACAAGAUUUUGUUGAUGGUGGAGUCAAUACUGGUUAAUAAAACGCUGAUCUGCCACACAAAAAGGCGCUGAAGUCCCUUCGAUCUCACACGAGGACUUUGAUAAUUUUUUGGUUAUCAUGUUCACAAAAAACGAAGCACACACGUACACACUCACGUGAAGCUUUUUUGGAGUUUUUGGGGUACAAAUUUCAGAGUAUCGUUGGCCGGUACCCUAUUCUUGGGCAGCGUGCCCGAAAAUGCAACUCUGCACAUAUAGGAUGUUCAAUGGAAAAUUUAUCGAUAUGAGACAAAAUAUCACCUAUUAACUCUAGUAUUAGAUGUUGUCGUUUCUUACGGUUUUAGACUGUAUGCCUGUUAAAAGACGUCACAAUAACGUACCUAAUGAUCGUGACGAUAUUUUGAUGAGGAACAACCCAGAUCAAAGUUGUUAGUGCAGUUCCCGCGAAAUGACAGCUUUCUCACGGCACUGUGCGGCAUAAUAAUGAUGUGAAGUUGUUAAAAUUGAAAUACAAUGAUCUAUAAAUUUUCUGACAUCCAUUCAAACAUAAUAAGUAGUUCUUCACAUCUACGUUUUUAAUUUAUUAGUUGUUACAACAUGUUUAUGUCUCGAAAAAUCGGAAUGUAUACAAUUUCGGAAAAGUGUUAACUGAACAGCGCCAUUAUAGUUACACAUUCCAUGAGUUGUAUGAUCACCUUUGUCAACAAUAUAGCUCGUAAUGAGUGGAGGAACGACUUUAAUUCCACCAGAUGGAGGAUGGGGAUGGAUUAUAAUGUUUGCGUACAUUAUAAAUAAUCUCCUUAUAGUUCCUAUACAACAAAACUUUGGGUUGCUUUUUAAAGAAGCCUUUAUCCACAUGGGUAUGUCGGGAACAAACGUCACCUCUGUAAUUAGUACAAAUAUGUCGGCAUCUCUGUUGGUUGGAACAUGCGCUGGGCCGCUAAUAAAGCGCUUUGGUAUAAGAAACGUAGCGAUAGUAGGUUCCAUGUUAUUUACAAUGGGAAUUAUCUCGUUAGCAUUAGCAACAAAUUAUACAAGUUUAUUAGUUUGUUACGGACUAUUGACUGGAUUGGGCGAAGGGAUCAUUAGGUUGACAAGUACGCUAUCUUUGAAUUUAUAUUUUGCAAAAAAGAGGCGAAAAGUGGCAGGGGUAGCGCUGGCAUUACGAUCUUUAGGGUCUGUAGUGUUUCCUCACAUUAUUGUCCUAUUUCUGGCAGUCUAUGGAACUUCCAGUGCAACGCUCCUUAUUGGAGGUUUGUGCUUCCAUACAGUCUGUGCCAGUCUUCUACUACGACCAGUUGAGUGGUACAUGAAAAAAGCUCCAUGCGCCGACCUUCCAGGAACUGAUGUUGGGGCACCUCUUCUCAGUUUAAACGAUAAAGAUCAACAUUCUCAAGGAAUUUUGCAACCACAUGGGAUAUUAGCUCGCUUCGCUCGUUAUUACGACUUAGCGCUAUUAAAAAACUCGGUCUACAUUAAUAUUACUGUGGGUAUGAUGUUUUCGGUCUUCUCCGACAUAAGCUUUGAAACCUUAUUUGCGUUAAUUUUAUCGGACCUGAACUUCGACGAUCAUAAAAUCGCCGUUUUUGUAUCCACAUCGUAUAUAUCUAAUAUAAUUAUUAGGUUUGCAAUUCCGUUUGUUGGAGACUACUUCAGACGGUCAUCAAGGUUUAUGUACGCGUUGAGCUGUUGCGUCGUAAUUAUAGGACGAUUUUUCAUCAUUUAUCUUGCUAAUACGAAGAUAGUAGUUACUUCAAUUAUAUGGGGAGUUGCUCAUGGUAUGAGAACUGUUUAUUGGUCUGUGAUUAUAGCCGACAAUGUACCGGCGCACCAACUGCCCUCUGCAGAAAGUAUGUUUAUAGCAAGUAAUGGCGUGCUUUGUCUGAUAUGUGGACCUAUGCUAGGUAGGGAAUUCUGGUGCAAUUGUAGCAUUCUCUGUAAGAAUGUAACUUUAGGAUGGAUUAAGGAUGCAACUGGUUCGUUCGUUAAUUGCGUUUAUGUACUCAAUGGAUUCACUUUGAUUACUUGCGGUUUAUGGUUUACAGAAUGGUUUUUUCGAAAAAUCGAGCGAAAACCAGCAGUUACAGAAACUGUCACAUAAGCUUAUACUAAUUUGUGAAUUCACACGCUUCGUCAUAAAAUCUUGGUGAUGCCAGUGUGUUCCUUGUAUGACGUCUUGCCAUAUUUAUAAUAAAU